AUGCUUGGACUCUGCCUUAAGAACUACUGUCAAUUCGAUGGCAAGUAUUACCAGCAGGUCAAGGGGACCCCCAUGGGUUCACCGAUAUCGGGCCUACUCGCCGAACUAGUCUUACAAAGACUAGAAGAAAUUGUUAUUCAAGCCAUCAAAACAAAGAUGUGGCUCCGCUACGUAGAUUAUACCUUCGUUGUCAUAAAAAACUGCGAAGUUGAACGACUGCACCAGAGUGUUAACGGUGUCUUCCCCGCCAUACAAUCUACACGCGAAGAAGCAACAGGGGACAUCCUCCGUUUUCUUGACGUCAGUGUACAAAGACUGACUGAUGGCAAUCUCGCAACCAGCGUCCACAGAAAAGACUCAAGUGCCGAAAUCAUCCUCUACUACGGGAGCAAUCAUCCUGCGGCCCACAAAAGAGUUGCGUUCGAACUCUUUUUCACCGCACCUUUCGGUACUGUAACUGCCAAGAGAGAACUAGCCUACUUAUAA